AUGUUUUUGAGCGUUGCACUCAAACAUGGCGCUACACUGUGGUCGGGCGUGUAGGCAAUAUUUACUUCAUCUGGCACAUGAUAACGUCGAUUUUAGAUUACCGGAAAUAAAAGCAUUGUUGUCUCUAAGGUCCCGGCCAUUUGAUACAUCAGAAACAUUCAAAGAGACGUCUCCCUUUUGGCAACUAAAUGGCUUAUCGGAGGAGGAUGUACAGAGCAUUAUGUCAAGAACAGUUUGUGCCAAGUCUGCCUUUGAACUUUGGGGUCAUGGAAGAACAACUGCAGAGCUGAAGACAUCAUUGUUACAGUAUCCUGCAAAGAACAUGGCUCCGUAUCUACAACAUGAUUCAAUGUAUAAGAUUAAUGUCUACACUUUCAACAAGACGUUAGUGUUUCAGGACCGAAUCAAAAAGAUUGAUGCUCUAGACUUCCUGCCUUUUAAAGGGAAGGUCAAUCUUAAGGAUCCAGAUCACAUAUUUUGUUUGCUGGAGGAUUAUGGCUCUGAUCCAAAUUUCAUUCCAGAGCAGCCUUUCCAUAUAUAUUUUGGGAGAUGGAUUGCAGAUGGUCAGAGAGAACUAAUCCGUUCCUACAGUGUUAAGAAGAGACAUUUCAUUGGGAACACUAGUAUGGAUGCUGGUCUCUCUUUCAUCAUGGCCAAUCAUGCCAAAGUAAAGGCUAAUGACUUGGUCUAUGAUCCUUUUGUUGGGACAGGUAGUCUUCUGGUAGCUUGUUCGCGGUUUGGGGCUUAUGUUUGUGGGACAGACAUUGAUUUUAACACUAUCCAUGGAAUUGGAAAGGCCAGCAGGAAGGAUCAGAAAUGGAGAGGCCCAGAUGAGAAUAUCCAAGCAAACCUGCGGCAAUAUGGGACUGAGAGUCUGUAUGUAGACGUCAUGGUGUCCGACGCUUCCAAACAUGUGUGGAGAAAAAGCGCUCAGUUUGAUGCCAUCGUUACAGACCCUCCAUAUGGUAUUCGUGAGUCCACAAGGAGAACGGGAUCCCAUAAAGACAUCAUCAAACCUCCUGAGGACUUCUCUGGAGAGAGCCAUGUCCCUGUUUCCAUGGCAUAUCACUUGAGUGACAUCUUUGCUGACCUCUUGAAUUUUGCGGCACACCACUUGGUGUUGGGUGGGCGUCUCAUCUACUGGCUUCCGGUUUACAAACCAGAGUACUGUGUGGAGAUGGUGCCUCUUCACCCCUGUCUCACUCUCAUCAGCAACUGUGAACAAACUCUGUCCAGCCAGACUUCACGAAGACUCAUCACCAUGGAGAAGACCAAGGAGCCUGAGGAAUCAGACAGACUAGCACACCUUGCAGACCCUCACUUCACACCAUACCAGGGUCACAACUCAUUCAGAGAGAAAUACUUCAGUGGCCUCACCAAGAAGAAUGCAAAAGAUAACGCCAAAAGCACCCCAGGAGAGUAACAUGAAAAGAUGAAACAUUUUAAGUUAUAUUUUUAUUUAUAUAUUUGUUUUUUUAACUUUUUUACCAGCAUUGUAUCGUGUAAAUAUUUUUUAAACUACAAAAUGUGAUUUCAAUUAAAAAAAUUAAACUUUAUCAUUCAUCAAUGCUCCUUUUUAUCUCGCUCCCCCAAUGGGGGCCCUAAAGAUGCGGUUAAAUUUAUUGCAGCAUUAGCAGUAUGUGUUCAAGAUUAAUUGGCAUUGGGGAUUAAAUGAAUACCUCCUUUCUCUGAAUGGUUUUGAAGCAGCAAGAUGUAGGGGUGUAAUGUUAUGUUCCUACUGGACAUUUGCAGAGGAAGAUGGAGCGCUGGGCCUGCUAUCUAAACUCUCUUAAGGGUUUAGACCAGGUCAGGUAGACAUCAGCAUCUGUCUUAGACUUAAACUCACUUCAAAGAUUGUCUCUUUGAAAGCUUUAGUUCAACAUAAAUAACAUGCUAUGAAAAUAAGGAGAGUUCUUUGGAGGAUCUGAGUAGACAUUUAAUAUUAAAUGUGAUGCCAUAAAUUGAUAGAUGCAUGGGUUUCUAUUAGGAUUCUCCUGUGAUAUUUCCAGUGAAAUUUCAUUUCUGCUUUGAUUUAGCAAAAUCAGUCCCCACGACAAAUAUGGAAUUGAAUGCUUUUUGACAUUUUAUAUAAUAGUUUUCUUGCACAAUUCCUAGUUUCUUCAUGAUAUUUCUUGUUAUAAUAUUCUAGGCUAGGACUUAAUGUUUGUGUUCAACCAUUAGGCUAUUAUAACUUUGUUUUGUAGAAUGUUAAAGGUGGCAAACAUUUCUGAAAAUGUGCCUCUAUUAUUUAAAAAAAAAAAAAAAAGGAAAAAAAGAAAAAAAUGUUGCAAGCACAUCACAACAAAAUGUUUCAAAUUUCCAUUCAGUCCCCAAGAAAACACUAUCCAAGAAAUGUAACUGUGCAGGUUGUUGUUGUUUCUUUAUAGCUGUUACAGUUUCCUAAGUAAAUAACUGAAAGUCUUUGACCACAAAAAUAUACAUAGGAUAACUCUUGUCUCAGGCUAUAAGUCAGGGUGCUUUAAUAUUGAUUUUGGGUAAGUUUGACUGUUCUGCCAGGACUGUAUGUUUUCAUUUACGAGUGCUUAAAAAUAUCCAAAUUAACUAAUCCCCAGCAUUUCCCUUUGUUUUCAAAUGAGCUCUGCAGUUUAAAUGGUGUGCUCACAAACAGCCAAUAAAACUAAUAACCAUCAAAAUCAAUAAGCACAAGCUUUCACCAGCGCCAAAGCAUUGAGACUGUUUUAUUAAGUGCAGAUGGCUGCAAAAUAAAUACCCACAUGCACCAAAGAAUGUUUAGGAAAAAGGGGAACAAAGGACCAAAUAACAAUCAACAAUUCUUCUUAGUUGGCUUUUACACUUGUGUGUUCUGAUGGUUUACAUGUGGCCAUGUCAUUUUUCAUUGCCACAUUUUUGUUGGUUUUGUGUGGUAUGCUCCGUUGAAUAUCUUUCAACCUGAAGGACAGAAAUUACAGUGCUGUGUGAGCAUUGUUUGUGAUUUGUGCCUGUGAUGAUUUACUCGAGAUAAAGGUUCCCUCACCUAACCUACAGUAUGUCUCAGUUCACCACCUCCAGUCUACAGAAACAACCCCUACAGAGGAGAUGAUGAGUAGUCUAACCUUAUUGUUUUUUAAGUAAUCAGUCUGUGGAACUGAGCCAUUUUGUGGCUGUUAAAUGUUUACUCACAAAUUCUACUGUUAGGAGCUGGUUAUGCUGGUUGAAUAGCUAAUUUUGUAAGGUUUAUUCUUGUCGUCGCUGUGUUGUGAUUUGCCAUUUUUCUUUUAACCUGACCAUUUUAACUUGUACAUGACUUUUAAUAUUUGUAUCUUGUUUUGUUUACAUGUAAAUGCCUUCAUUCUAUUAAAGAUCAGGAUAUGGGUCUGUGCUCAACCUAAGAAACGCAGUAGUUCUGCAGAGACUUUUGGAUUAAAGUGAAAGAUCUUAAUCUUUCACUUGAAUCCAAAGUGAACCAGAUGGAAUCUGCAGACUUUUUCUGUGCUGAUUAUGUUGAAAAAUCUGUGAAAUUCUGCAGAAUGGAUUAAAUGGCUUGAGCAAUGUCCACACUUAUGUUUUUUUUUUUUAUGAAAACCCAUCUUUUUCUCUAAGUUUUGGGCUUCAGUCAGAUGGCAUUUUUACAGCAAAAACCAAGCUUUUAAAAAAAUAAAAUAAAAUAAAACUCUCAGGUUGGUACAUUUGAGAACACUGUCUUCAAGUUUUAGAGUGGACAGGGAAAACAUUCAACUCAAAACAAUAAAGAUGGCGGCCCAUGUCGUA